CAGUUUUACGUUUUUCUUCUUAGGGUUCCUAGCAUUGGGCGUUUUUGCAGUCCCCCCCUUUUUGGGGGUUUAGGAAUGGCAUCUUCUUCAGGCAAAAGGAUUAAAACCAUUGGUUCCAAAGAAAAGGGAACAAAGAGGAAGGAGAAGGAGCAGUUUCACUCAGACAAGUUCAGAACCCUUGCUCAUGAAAGAUACUUCCCACAAAUGGAGGGAAGAAAAUUGCUAAUGGAAAGGAAGGUGGCCUCCAUACCAACUCUAGCUCCCCAGUUUGGAAGGGAGCUGAACAAUAGAGAUUAGGGCCACCUGGCAGUAUACCCCUCUCCCGCCAAUGUUGACAUAGUUAAAGAGUUUUACACAAAUGCCAAAGCAUUGGGGGGAGAAUAAGAGACGUACUUCAGCUACGUGAGGGGAAAAAGGGUUAUUUUUUAUGCUGAUGCUAUUAACUGCUUCCUUGGUAUAGAGUGGGAGGGGGAGUAAUGUCAGUUCGCCUCAUCCAUGCUGGAAGGGGUGGAUUAUGAGGAUGUGGAGCGGACCUUAUGUAUGCCUAGAGGGAAUUUUCAGAGGAACCGGUCUGGGGCACCCAUCCACCUUACUAGACCUCAUAUGAUGCCUCUGGCGAAGUAUUGGAUGGCAUUCUCUCAUGCCAACAUCCAACCUUGCUCUCAUGUUUCUGACAUCACUGUUCCUAGGGCUAUCCUCCUCUACUGUAUUCACAAGGGCCUUAAUAUUGACAUAGGCCAGGUCAUAGCUGAUGAGAUCCAGAGUUGUGCCCGUGGUGCAACUAGCAAGGCACCCCUGGGACAUCCUUCAUUGAUCACCUACAUUUGUGAAGCCGCAAGCGUUGAUGUUUCUAGGCCACCACUGGAGCGUCCAAGAAAGGAGCUGGACGCAGCUUACUUUACUCAUUAUUGUUCAGUGGAUGAGCCAGGCCAUCCAAAGCCACCACCACAGCAUCCCAGGGCACACAGGAGGGUGCCACCAUCAGCUCAAGAGCCGGUUCAUGAGGCCGCUCCUUUCCAGAUGCGAUACAUGUACUAAUCUCUGAUGGAAGCUAGGAUGGCUGCUGUAUACAGGGGCGAGCAGGCGCUGCUUAGGACACUGACGUCCGCAUUCCUAAGAGACAGUUCAUGUCUCAGGAUGAAUUUGCAGCUUAUGUGGCAUGGCCCGCUAACCCAGCACAGGAGGGUGAUAGAGCUGAAGCAGCUAAUGAUUUGUAUCUGGCACUUACUGAAGGGUGCCAUCUUUGUUAUGACCUGGAUUUAUUUUAUUUUUCUGUUUUUGUGUUAAUUGCUUUGAUUGACUGUAUUUUGUUUCUGUUUUAUUAGCUUUCUUUUGAAUUAUUUGUUUUGUUAUUGUACUCUACUUGGAUAAAUUACACUGCUUUGGUCCAACUGUUGUGUCUUGUGAUAAGUAUUGCUUUGCGAUGCUCUGGUGUGUUGAUUGAUGUUGAGAUGAUGCAUGAUGUGAUAAUAUACAGGUGAUGGCUCAAAA